AUGAACACUGUCCAGGACACCGUCAACAUCAACAUGCCCGAGACGCCUCCGUCUUCGCCCAAUUUAUCUUCCAGGACGGCGCUCAUCUCCAGACCUCCUACUUGGAGACUCUCAAGUCUUGAAAGCAUUCUGGAAUACAAAGAAGCUGUCGGCCAAGAAAAGAAGGCUGCUUCGUCGAUCACGUCGAGCGAGAUCAGUCCAUCUGAGCAAGCUACCGCCAAUGUCUCACAGCGUCGACGUUUCCGGUCCACUGCUGCCGAAGUAGCAUUCUGCUUCUCCAUGGCAUUGACCCAAUUACUUGCAGAGUACAUGAUCACUGGCUUUGCAGUCAUACUUCCAACAUUACUGUCACGCUUCUCGAACGAAACAACGUCUGACUUCUGGCCUGCCACUAUUCUGUCACUCGUGCUAUGCGCCGCUCUAUGCUCAACAGCUCGUCUCUCCGAUAUGUACGGCGGCUACCCUGUCUUCAUGCUUGCCGUACUCUGGUUCUGUAUCUGGUGUGUGGUCGCUGGCUUCAGUACAUCACUCGUUCUUCUCGACGUCUGUCGAGCCAUGCAAGGCUUGGCUAUCGCUGCAUACACACCAAGUAGCUUCGCCUUGUUUGGCUGCAUCUAUCCAACUGGUCCUCGCAGAAACACGGUGUUGGGUAUAUACGGAGCGAGCUCUCCUCUCGGCUUCUUUGCUGGCAUCUACGUCUCUGCUGCACUCCCAGCCGAUCAGUGGAGCUGGUACUUCUGGAUUGCAGCAAUCGUUGCUUUAGUGGCUUUGGUCGCUGCUUAUCUCUCAGUACCAUCAGACCGUGCUGAUAGGUCAGCGCUCAAGCAGACUAUGGACUGGAACGGUGCUGUUACUAUCACAUCUGGUCUCAUCCUCGUCGCAUACGCACUCGCCGCUAGUGCCAGCACGCCGCAUGCCUGGCAGACUGCGGGUAUCUUGGCUCCUUUCAUCAUCGGUCUUGCAUGCCUGGCAUGUGCUGUCUACAUCGAGCUCAAGCUGGCAGUGUGCCCACUCUUACCACGCGCAUUCUUCUCACCCAAGUCUGUCAAACCACUUAUGAUAGCAUGUAUCUUCUUCUAUGGUAGCUUCGGCACAUGGCUCUUUACUACCACCAAUCAUCUACGCCUUGCUUACGGUGUUACUGGACUUCGAUUGGCAGCCUGGUUCGCGCCAAUGGCUGUUGGUGGCUUCCUCUGCGCCGUGGGCGGUAGCAGUAUCCUGCACAUCACCUCGCCAAACUUUGUCCUGUUCGUCUCAGGUGUAGCUUGGGUGGCAGCUCCCCUCCUUUUGGCAUUCGGAGAUGCAUCGAUGGGCUACUGGCCCUUUGUCUUUCCAGCCAUGGCAUGUUCAACACUAGGCAUUGACAUGACAUAUACCAUUGCCAAUGUCGUGCUUUCGAGUGUUUCGCCGCUGCAAUGGCAAGGUCUCGCAGGAGCAGUCAACAGCACAACAGUCAACCUCGGGAUUGCCUUCUCAUUGGCCAUCACUCAAAUCAUCCAGACCAGGUCAGAAGGCGGUGAUCCGAGACUAGAGGAUCAACUUCGGGGUCAUCGCAAUUGCUUCUUAUUCGCGGCAGCGAGUGCAGCCAUUGGGUUGGCAGUCGCAGUCGUAGCAAUCAGAAUUCCGCGUGAAGUCGUGAGAUCAGAGGAAAAGGAUGACGAGUCUCACGGCGCGAGCGAAGAAGUGUCAGUAGAUGAUCGCUCGAGGCGGUGGUCAAGUCAGGACCAAUUUGAUGUUUGA